UUAGUCGGUUAUCCCUUAAGAAAAAGGUUAGAAAGGAAAGGAGCACAGGAUUCAUCUUUUUCUUUUUUCUCCAGUUUGUCGAGAAAACGUUUUUCUUUUCUCACCAAACAGACGUAGUUUUCCUACUUGUUGGUCUCUAAACCUCCAAAUAACCCACUAUACUAUACUCACUUCAACAAGCCGAAAAGCGAGAGGGAAAUGGAGGAAACACUGUACCAGCAUCUGCACAAGCUAUCAGGCACAAAAUCAGAGGAAGCCAUUGAAGAAAUCCUUGAAACCCUUUGGAAAACCAGGAAAACCGGACUCUCAACUCAACAAAAAUCUCACCUCCAGUCCCUUCUCAGUCUUCCAUCACUCCAACAAGUGGACCCAGUUUUGGCAUGCCUUCGCUCGCUUAUUCGAAAAAGUGUACACGAAAAUUUCAGUGGUGAUGAUAUUUUGAAGCUGUUUCCACCUGAUUUGUCACUUGAUCUACAAAGUCUUCUUAUAUUAUUGUUCCAGAAGUAUCAGAACCAGUGGAAGGAGGAUUUGUCCAGAGACGAGUAUCCAUUGCCAGGGGCCCAUGUAUCCUAUCAGGUCAAAACAAAUGUGCCACUGUCUUUCACACCUCUCCCAUCCUCAGAGACUCCAGCAUCAUUGUGGCCUCGACAAGAUGAUUCUAUUGCUCAUUUCAAUAACAGUGAUCUCGUGUCUCCUACACCAAAUGUUGUUGAUAAUAAUGUUUCAUGCUUGGCUCCCAUUUCUUUGCAACGUGAUGUUGGUCCUCUCGAUAAUCUGGGAAUUCUACCCCGGCUCAAAUCAAUGACUUGGACCAUGGAGAAACGGAACUUGGCACCUGCUAAUAGAGUGGCCUUUGUCAGUCUUAAGGUAUGCAAACAAAGCAAGCUACAAGAUUAUACCAAAUCUCCUUUAGGAGAAACUGAAGUGAAGUUUCAGCUUACUAGAGAUACACUUGAAGGAAUGUUGAGAUCAAUGACCUACAUCAGCGAGCAACUCUCAAACACUGUGGGAUCCUCUGCAGAGCCAUUGCAGAAGCGGCCGAGACAGUAGCGGCCAUUUCCAUUUCCAUUUCUGGGGGUUGUCUUGUUCAUAAUUCUCGAUCCAACUUUACAAAUGCAGCAAACUCUGCUUGCUCAGUCUGCAUUCAAUUUCCAGGUCUACAUGGAUGAUUCACAGGUUCGCCCCAACAUGUAUGUUCAACAUUUUCUAGGUUAAUGAUCGAUUUCUCGGAUGAUUGCCUCUUAAGUUUGCUGCUGAAUGAUAGUUUUGAUUAGAAUUUAGAUCCCUAGCUGUAUAAACUCAUGCUGCUGCAACCAUGCUGGUAAGCUUGGUAGUUUGUUUGUUUGGCUACCGAGAAAUACAGGAAAAAUGAUGGAAGUUGAAAAUUUUGAAGA